AUGUUAAUGAUGUUUGAGCGUGGCAUUCGUGGUGGAAUUACACAUAUAUCAAAACGAUAUGCAGAAGCAAAUAAUAAAUAUAUGAAAAAUUAUGAUCCUGAAAAGAAAUCAACUUUUAUUCAAUAUUUGGAUGGAAACAAUCUUUAUGGAUGGGCUAUGUCUCAAAAUCUUCCAACUCAUGGAUUUAAAUGGAUGAAAGAUAUAACAGUGGAAAAGGUAUAUAAAAUUUUAGAUAAAACAAAUCAUAGUAUGUCAGAUAAUGGAAAAAAAGGAUAUAUAUUUGAAGUUGAUUUGGAAUACCCUAAAAAUAUAUGGGAAAAACAUAAUGACUAUCCUUUAGCGCCGGAGAAGAUGAUUGUUAAUGAUGUUGAAAAACUAAUAUGUCAUUUUAAACCCAGAAAAAAUUAUGUUGUGCAUUAUCGAAAUCUUAGACAAUAUCUUGAAAUGGGUAUGAAGAUUACUGCUGUAAAUAGAGGAAUAUCAUUUUACCAAUCUCCUUGGAUGGAACCAUAUAUUAGAAAAAAUACUGAAGUUAGAAAAACAGCAGCUAACAAUUUUGAGAAAGAUUUUUUUAAACUAAUGAAUAAUAGUGUAUUUGGUAAAACAAUAGAAAAUAUAAGAAAACGACAAAAUAUACAUCUUAUUGAUAACCGUAAGAAAGCUCUCAAAUUAUCAAGUCGUCCAAAUUUUGAUAGAUGUACAAUAUUUGAUAGCAAUCUUAUUGCAGUUCAUAUGAAAAAUACUGAAGUGUAUUUUAACAAACCAGUAUAUGUUGGUCAAUCAAUUUUAGAUUUAUCAAAAUCUUUAAUGUUUGAUUUUCAUUAUAACUAUAUCAAAAAUAAAUAUGGAAAAAAAGCUGAG